CAAAGCGCUGGGCCGCAGGCAGAGAGACAGGAGACCUGGCCAGAGAUGGACGUGACGGGGCAAGACAGCGACUGGCGGAGCCUGGCCUUCAGACAGAAGCUGGUCAGCCAGAUAGAUGAAGCAAUGCGCAAAGCAGGAGUUGCCCAUAAUAAGUCUAGCAAGGAUAUGGAAUCUCAUGUUUUUCUAAAAGCCAAAACACGUGAAGAAUACUUGUCUUUGGUAGCCCGACUUAUUAUCCACUUCAGGGACAUACACAACAAGAAGACUCAGGCAUCUGUAAGCGACCCUAUGAAUGCUCUCCAAAACUUAACAGGUGCACCCCCUGUUGGUCCACAAGGAAUGGGUAUGGGUGUUCGCCCACCUGGAGCGCAAAUUGGAGGCAUUGGUGGAAUGGCCCAGAUGGCACAACAGAUGAGCCUACCGGGACAGUCACAGCCUGGUAACUCAGGGAUGGCCGGACAUGGGAUAACGGUGUCUGGUACAAAUCAACCAACCCAACUGCAACUUCAGCAAAUGGCACAGCAGCAACAGCAGCAGUUUCAGCAACAGCAGGCUGCUUUACAGCAGCAUCAGCAGCAGCAGUUCCAAGCGGCAGCGCAGACAGCCAUGCAACAGCAGCAGUUCCAGGUGGCAGCAGCAGCUGCAGCACAACAGCAACAACAGCAGCAGCAGCAACAACAGCAGCAGCAGCAGCAGCAACUGCAGGCAGCUCAGCAGCAGCACAUACUGAAACUGCAAUUGCAACAGCAGAACCAGCAGCAACUACAGCAGCAACAACAACAGCAGCAACAGCAGCAACUGAGAUUGGCACAUAUUCAUCAGAUCCAGCAGGCUCAGGUCAUCCAAGCACAGCAGCAGCCACAACAAAUGCAGCAGCAACCACAGCAAGUCAUGCAGAUUCAGCAGAUGCAGCAGCAGCAGCAGCAGCAGGUUGCCCAAAAUCAGCAACAGCUGCUUUCUACCCAAUCUCAAGGACAGUCCAUGGUGUCCCCGGUUAUGUCUGUAACACUCACACCGCAGCAGCAGCAGCAACAGCAACAGCAGCUCAAAUUAAUGCAGACACGCGUCCAGCAGCAGGCCCUACAGCAGGCACAGCAGCAGCAGGCUCAGCAGCAAGCACAGCAGCAGGCUCAGCAGCAGGCGCAGCAGCAGGCUCAACAAGUUGCACAGCAGCAGGCUCAGCAGCAAGCUCAACAACAGGCACAGCUAGCAGCUCAACAGGCAGCCCAGCAACAGGCGGCUCAGCAACAGGCGACCCAGGCUCAUAUGGCUGCUUCUGGGGGACAGAUGUUCACCGCAGCUGUGGCUCGAGGUGGGAUGCCAGUAAGACCCAGGUUCCCGCCCACCACGACUCCAUCUGUCACGUCUCCAGGUUCCACUCCUUUGGGAGGACAGCAGAUCCCACAGGUUGCUCAGAGCAGCAUAUCCUUAAUGUCUUCACCAUCUCCGGUACAGCAAGUGCAAACUCAACAAUCAAUGCCACCACCCCCCCAGCCAUCCCCACAGCCUUCACAACCCAUGUCACAACCAAACUCCAAUGUCAGCUCCGGUCCAGCACCUUCGCCAAGCAGCUUUAUACCUAGUCCAUCCUCUCAGCAAUCCCAAAGCCCAGCAUCGGCUCGCACACCUCAGGCUUUCAGUGUCUCCUCACCAGGACCUCUAAAUACCCCAGGAAAUCCAAAUUCUGUGAUGAGUCCUGCAAGUUCCAGCCAGUCAGAGGAACAGCAAUACUUGGAGAAGCUAAAGCAGCUUUCAAAGUAUAUAGAGCCAUUGAGACGCAUGAUUAACAAGAUUGAUAAGAAUGAAGAAAGAAAGAAAGAUCUUAGCAAGAUGAAGAGUCUUCUGGAUAUUCUCACAGAUCCUUCCAAGCGGUGUCCCUUAAAGACCUUGCAAAAGUGUGAGAUUGCUCUGGAGAAGCUGAAGAAUGACAUGGCUGUGCCAACACCACCGCCACCCACAGUUCCUUCGACUAAGCAACAAUAUCUCUGCCAGCCACUCCUGGACGCUGUCCUGGCUAAUAUUCGAUCACCAGUAUUCAACCAUUCCCUGUAUCGAACCUUUAUGCCAGCAAUGACUGCUAUUCAUGGACAGCCAAUAACGGCCCAAACUGUUACACCUCGGAAGAGGAAGUUUGAUGAAGAUGAAAGACAAAGUAUACCAAACGUACUUCAAGGGGAGGUUGCCAAACUGCACUCUAAGUUUUUGGUGAAUCUUGACCCUUCCCACUGUAGUAACAAUGGAACUGUACAUCUUAUAUGCAAGUUGGAUGAUAAAAACCUACCAAGUGUCCCACCAUUGCAGCUUAGCGUCCCGGCUGAUUAUCCAGAACAGAGUCCUCUGUGGAUGGACAACCCACGACAAUAUGAAGCUAAUCCGUUCCUGCAGUCUGUUUAUCGUUACAUGACCUCCAAACUCCUCCAGCUCCCUGACAAGCACUCUCUCACAGCACUAUUAAACACCUGGGCCCAGAGCAUACGCCAGGCAUGCCUGUCUGCCGCAUAGAGACUGAAUAACUUUCAGUAAAAAAAAUAAAUAAAAGAAAAAACGAAUCCAGUGUGGAAUGGAGUCUUCAAAUGCCUUAUAUUUUUUUUGGGGUCCAAUAUAUUUAGAAGCACGUGAGGACUGCCCUAACCACGAAGAACUAUGUUUAUCAGCUGUCACUUUUAAAACCUGGCCUGCGCUUAUCCAUGAAUACAUUUGUACUCCAUUCAGAUAGCACUAAUGUUCUAGGAUGGUUCCUGUGAUGGAAUCGAGGCAAGACUGACUGAAAAUGUGACGCCUUAUUCCAUUUCUCCUCGUUGGCAUGGCUGAGAGAAUAUUUAAAUAGUACUCAAGGGUGAAUUCUGCUUUCUCUUACGGUGGUGAUUGCUAAAUCCUGGUGCACAUAGCAUCAGUAUCGCAUGUAUUCAAAAUGUAACACUUAUUGUAUCAGGCAACAUUUGCAUAGGAGUGAAUUUUAAUUGCCAAUUGGUUUAUUAAAAUACAUGGAAAAUUG